GGCAUUUGUUUGGUGAAUUAAUUUUAUUAAAUAAUUAUAAAAUGUCGUCUAAUAAACGCAAGAACCUGAACACUAUGGAAGUAGAUCCAAAUGACGAAGACUCCAGCUCGAGUGACGAUGAUGAUGAUGGCGAACAGCAUCCAGAUGCCUACAGAGGCAACGAGGAGGUGCAAAUAGAUUUUGAAGGACGUGCCCCAGUUGAUCCUGAUUCUCAGGGCAUCUCACAGCUGCUACAGCGACUCUUCCUGCGUGCACACAUCAAUUGCAACCAGAUGGCGGAUUUGCUUAUAGCUCAAAACUAUGUAGGCAGCGUGAUUUGCCAGUGCGAGGAUGAUGGCGCCGAAAGCGAAACAGACGACGACAACAUGGUGGAGGAUGGCACAAUCUUUGGCAUCACUUCAGUGCUAAAUCUUUCGGCUAAAAAGGAUCAACCGAGCAUUAAACAGUUGCGCACUUAUUUGCUGGAACGCUCCAAGGCGCAUGCCACAGAGCAAGUGCAGCAGCAGCUGAGCGAACUACUAGACAACGAGCAACGUGAUGUUGGACUGCUGAUCAACGAACGCUUCAUAAACAUCCCAGCACAGAUCUCGGUGCCGCUCUUGCAGAAUCUGCAACAGGAAAUCGAUGCAGCCAAGGCCAAGAAAAUGAAGUUUAACUUUGGCACGUUGUUGUUGCUGGUGAAAUUGUAUCGCAAGGAAGCCAAAAAAGGCAAACCAGCCGAAGAUCAUUAUACGAAUGCCGAGGACGAGCUGCUGUCGGAGCGUGCUAAAUUCAGUUUUGAGUAUUCGGUAGCCUCCGAAUGCGAUUCUGGCAUGUCAGGUGAUUGGCUGGAAGGCGAUGCCGUGAUGACGCCGUAUAGAAAGCUUUUGGCACUGGAUGCCAAUAAAUUGCCGCAGCUAAUUAAGGAUGUACAAAACUACAUCAAUGGAGAAUAAAUUGUUGAAGACAAAGGGCUCGUUUUUUUAU